AUGGAUUACGCAAGAACAGAGUUACAAACCAACUUUGAUUCGGAUCAAGAACGGUCAACGAUAUCUGAAUCUGGAAGCUGUGAUUGGUAUGAUCAACCAAGACCGUCUUUCGCUGACGAGCACGGUCUCAUAGAGUUGCUUGAAGGAGACAAAGCUUACGAUCUAAUCUACAGAAACUGUAAGUCUGGUCUUGGUGACCAAUGCCAGCUUCUCUCCAUCUUAAGAAACGGGUUUAGAACCGUGGGGACUCGUGCGAAGCUAAAGGCGUUUCAGGUUUUUCAAGAGGCGGUGGAGGUGAAACAUGUCGGUGAGAGUAGAGUCAAAUACGGUUGGUGCGCCGUCACGAAAACAGAGUUGAAGUCUGUUUUGGAAUAUGGUUUUAGCCAGCCGUGUAAUAACGAUGGUUCUUUUGGUCGUGGGUUGUAUCUCUCCCCUGAUAAUGCUCUUCUUGAUUGGUAA